ACACAGUCACGUGACAAUACGUCAUGUCCCAAAACAGCUGCAGUCUGCUUUAGUUAGAGCAACGGUUGUUGUUAUUGUUUGUAGCGCCAACAUACUGCUAUCCUGAAUCAUAUUUCCACUUUUACUCCCUUGGCUUUUCGGGUUGCUAUUUAUAUCUCAUAUAGUCGUGGCUGACAGCUGACUAUAAAGAGGCAAAACUGUGUGGGAUUCCUCAAACAUAGCUAGCAUAGGCUAGCACUUCCAACGGACGGGCACGGUACUCUUGAGAGCUGCUUUUGCAGUUAUGGCGUGGAUGGGACACGGAGCUCCGUUUCAUACAAACGAUAAGCAGAAUGGCGACCAAAAUUGGCCAGCGAGGGCUUUAACUGGUGUCCAUCCCAGCCAACAGUCACCGUCGUCCCAUCUUUGUGAUUGCCCCAUGGCGUCACUCUGCCAGAGCCAGCAGCGCUGUGUGAAAGCCUCGAUCGUUUCUAGCUGGCAGCUGGCUGAAGCGCAGGAUCAGAUGGGCUCUUUGGGGGUCCACAGCUCUGAGUCCAUGGAACAGGAGCGAGCUCGGACCCUUGUCUGCCCGACUGAACUCACAAACACAGAGGAGGAGUGGCGCCGCAAGGAGAGCAUGCUGGCAGGCCCAGAACCCAGUCGCAGUCCCAUCCUCGGUGCCACUGGAAGUUGGGACGUUUUUGAUAAGAGUAUUAUUAAUUUGCACCAAUCGCCUGUGGAAAUGGAUCAGGACACCUGCAAAACAUUUCUCCAAAAAUAUGAACAAGAGCUCAGGCAUUUUGGUAUGUUACGGAGAUGGGACGACAGCCAGCGAUUCCUCUCACACAUGCCGCAGCUCAUCUGUGAGGAAACGGCUAAUUUCUUAGUCCUGUGGUGCAUUCGACUACAGCAAGAAGGGAAAGAAGCCCUGAUGGAGCAGGUGGCGCAUCAAGCCGUGGUUAUGCAGUUUAUCUUAGAAAUGGCCUCAAAUUCUCAACAGGACCCUCGAGGCUGCUUCCGGCAAUUCUUUCACAAAGCGAAAGAGGGACAGGACGUCUACCUUGAAGUCUUCCGAGCAGAACUUGACGCCUUCAAACAGAGAGUUGAAGAAUAUGCAGCGAAAUGUAGAAAUGACGCUUUGAAUGUUGAUCAUCAGAGCUUCGACACAAACUGUAGACCUAACACCAAAGUAACAACAGACUUUAUAUCACAGGAGGAUCCUGAAUUCAAGAUGAAGCACUGUUUAGAGGCUGGACUGUGGACAAAUACAGGAAAAUGGACAAAGGACGACACUACAGAAACAGAAGACAUCCGGAUGAUGGAGAUAUAAGGACUGUUGCCUCAACUCCUGCUUUCCUCCCAUUUCACACGUCGGUCCACAUAGGAACAAUCUUGAGUUUGUGAGCCUUCAUCCAGCCCAGCAGGCUGAAACGGCAUUACAGAGCUGGAAUAAAUGGAGACAUGAUCAUC